UUUAAAGUCUAUGCCAUCCUUGUUAGGCGGGAUUAUGAAUAAUACCACGUACCAAAAAUGGCGCUAGUUGCUUAGCCUGACUUGAUGUGCAGCAUGCUUAAUACAUACGUACACUAUUCGAAGUCGAUCUUCCCGUUCGUUAUGCAUUAGAUGUACUUUGCUGAAGUCAACUAACGAAUUGCUUGUCAUUCAGUCAUCAUUUGGAAUUGCUGGGGGCAAUAUCUUAGUUUCAAUUUACGCGUAAUGAAGCGCUGAGUGUGACUUCUCAAGAGAAGCUUUCUUUCCGAUAUCAAAAUGAGAGUUUGGACACAGAUUUUUGGAGCAUUGGCGGCCAGUUUAACGGCUGCAUCCACGGGCUCAGCAGUGAGUUUCUCGGCCAUUCUGAUCCAUCAGCUACGAGAUGACGAAGAUAUUCAACUGGACAUCAAUGAAGCCUCUUGGAUUCCCACCAUAUUCACGUUAAGCAGUAUGGUCUCAUGCUGCUUGGGAGGUUGGUUUUCGGGCCGUUUUGGUCGGAGAGUCUGCAUUAUCAUUUGGCAAUCAGUGGCCUCGAUCUGUUGUGUGGUCACUUUCUUUGCCACAAACAAAUGGAUGAUAUUCAUUGCCCGUGGUGCCAUUGGAUUCGCUACUGGCAUGUCAUUUUCCAGCGUAGGUAUUUAUGUCUCGGAGACCGUCCAUAAGUCCCUCCGAAAUGCCGUGGGAUGCUUUCCAGCAACAUUCUUGGCCUUUGGAAUGCUGAUAAAUUUUGUUAUGGGAUAUUUCUUCCAUUGGCGGAUUGGCGCUUUGCUCUCAACCACACUUCCAGCUUUGAGUGUCGCCUGCAUGAUGCUUUUCCCAGAGUCUCCGUAUUGGCUGGUGGAACAAGGUCGAAAUGAUGAAGCCCAGAUAUCAUUGUUAUUUUACCGCGAAGAAGGCUUUGAAAACGAGCUUCAGGAAAUGUUAUCAAAGCACAAUGAAACGAGAGCCAAAUCCAAAGGCCAACCCACCAACACCUUCUGGCAUGCAUGUCAAACUUUGAGAACCAAGGCAUUUCUACAGCCCCUUUCUUGCGUUGGAGUUCUAUACAGUUUGAGCCAGUGUGCCGGCAUCCCUAUCCUGACGACGUAUAUGCCCGGAAUCUUUGAAGAAACGGGAGCAAGCUUGGACCCAGUCUUGGCCUCGGUGGUGGUGAUGAGCGUCCGAUUGGUAGCAGCAGGGCUGGCUUCCUUUGCAAUCCAUCAUAUUCCAAAGAAAUUGGUGUUUGUGUGUUCUUCAUGGUGCUUGUCGCUGUCCUUGGUCACCCUGAUGUUGUACAACGUGCUGCAGACAACGGAAGUGACUUCGCCUGACAUGAAGCACCUUGUGGAACACCACAAUUGGAUCCCAGUGGCGGCAACUGUGAUAGCCAUGUCAUGCCAUGCCCUUGGCAUAGUGAACGUCAUUCAUAUCCUAGUAGCUGAGGCCUUCCCUACCGAAAUUCGAAGUAUUUGUGCUGGUACCCUCCAGGCUUUCUCGAAUGCUCUUUGUGUCUGUGCUGUGAAAUCGUACCCAAAUUUUCUUAGCUAUUUUGGAUUUCCUUUUGCGUUUGGGAUCUAUGCGAGCGUGGCGUUUUUCCUAGGGUUGUGGGGUCUUUUGAAGAUCGAGCACAAUGAUGGACUAAGUUUGACCGAAAUAGAAAAACGAUUGGCCAAGGAUAUUGAAAAAUGUAAUAAAAUACGAAAAUGAUAUUUGGUGUCGUUUCAAAGGUUUACACGUGAGAAACGUGAGUCGACGAUCAUUGAGUCAAUUUGACGGAAAUAUGUUUUCUUUUUUUUUAUUUGGGUUGUCACGGGCUUUUCUAACCGCUACAGGAAAUGCA